AUGCAAUUCGGUUCGUAUUACGUCCUUCUGGUAAAGCCCCGCCACGCCGAGAAGGUGGGAAGGAUUUUCGAUGAGACCAGGAGUGGCCGUCUGGGGCCUAAGUUGCGAGUUGCACGACCCGACCAGCGCAGUGGCUGGCACAGAAGUUUUGCUGAGAUAGUUGAGGGUGAAACUGUGACUCUGUUCAUGAAAGAUGGGGUGCUUGUCCUGGUAGAUACGGACCUGCGGCUUGGCAGACCUUUCUGUUCAGUCGCUGACCUGAAGAGUGCGGUUGCUCUGGAGGUUGAGCAGAAGCAUUUCACUUCCAGGUCUACAUUUGGUCGUGGAGGAUUUUUUGCUAGAUCACCGGCGCACUUACGAAAGGAGCUGGAAGAUGAUAUUCGAGAUCGCUUGCGCUGUCUGCUUUCAGGAAGGGCCGCCGAUCAACCUCCUGGCAACACUUCUAGCGUGAUCCAGGCUGCAGAAGCAUCCUUGAUAGGCUUUGCCGAGAAAUCCGUCUGCCUUUUAUACGGAAUGGGAGUGUCUGGAACGCCCUUAUUUGUGCCACCACAACGACUAACGCCUGAAUGGCUGGAAGCAAUGACGGUCUCUUCCCAACCAAGCAUCGAGUAUUUGUGUGACGGGAAGAAGCUUCCUUGGCUUGAUGCCGGAGCAGUCCUUGUGCUCGUGGCUGACACGGCCGCUGACAGAGGUGCUUUUUUGUCGGUCGAUCUCAUUGCCGAUUGCAAGGUGCUGGCUUCAGCGACGACACAGGGCAUCACCCUUAGUUUCGACGUGGUCGAUGGGAUUGACGUGGGGUUGCCACAGUGGGCAGAGAGCAUGCAAUGCGUGAGCCUGCAGAGCUUGAUAUCUGAGCCCCUGAGGCUUCCAAGAUCUGCUUUGCUGAGCCAAAUCGUUGCUUUCAGCAGGGAUGCAGAGGUGUUGGCACGAUGCCGCGUGGUUGCCUCAUCCUGGCGCAAGGCACUGUCUGCAGGACGAGGGGUCAGUCAAUUGGAGAAAUCUUUGGUGCGCUUUGGUCGGAGUGUCUCGUCCUCGAGACGCUGGGCCUUCUGGCAGCAUCUCUUGCGCUUGCACCAGCAGCGAGCGCAGCAUGGAGCGGCGAGACGAAGCUCCACGGCGGUUGAAAAUUUCUAUGAAGAGAUGCUUCAGCAGGGAAUGGAAGAACCUCGAUUUGCAGAAGCUCGUGCAGUCAUCGCUGCGGAUGUUCCCAGGACGCUGCAGUCUUCCGAUGCUCCUCCUUCUCUUCGGCCAGAAAGUGCUGUGAAUCCUCUUCCGCUAGAGGAGCGUGUAAAAGCCUUGUCUCGAAUCUUAAUAGCUCUGGCGGCAGCUUGCCCGUCAGUGGGAUACUGCCAAGGCUUGGAUAUGGCUUGUGGAUUUAUUUUAUCCGUGGCAGAAGAGGCUGCAAUCGCCGCUGCUGGAAUGGAUUUGGAACGAGCGGUUUUUGCAUUUCUUCUGGCAGUACUAGAACUUGGCGUGCGGGAGUGGUUUGAACCUCCCCUGCUGGGCCUACGGGCAGCGACCUUUGCCUUCUGGAAGCUGUUGCAGAAUGAUCUGCCACUGGUGGCGCAGAACUUGGCAUCUGAGUGUGUUGGUUGUGAGCUCCUCGUACUGCCGUGGUUGCAGACCUUGUUUUGUGGUGUGCGCUGGAUGCCACGGGAUGUGCUCAGCCGAAUUUGGGAGGCUUGGCUCCAGGAUGGAACGCCCAAGGUGCUUUUUCGAACGGCUCUGAUGCUUUUCCAGCAGUCGGCUGACUCUCUCUCCCAGUCCUGCUUGGAGGACAUUUCGCAACAACUCAAGCAAUGCCCACCUGGCCUGAGCUGUAACCCUGCGACUUUCUUAGAACUUGCCUGGCGCACAAAAGUGACCAGCAGAGUGUUGAGCUCCCUCGUGGCGGAGGCGAAUGAAAGGCUUUGCGAAAAUUCCGGUGCCUUACAGAAUCAGGGUGUUCGAGGGCAUUUAGCCGGGGACAUGUAA